ACACCGACCUCCAAUCCUCCUUUGAAUCUGUCACCGGCGAGUUCGUGUCAGACGGCCACGGCGUGAGUUGGUUCAGUUGUUCAAAAUCCGGAGUUUGAGCCAUUCCGGCGAGUAACGUGCGCGACAAUAAACGAGAACCGUGCGUUUGUGUGUGGACUGCAACCGUGGAGUGAUCAUUCCGGCGUCAGUUCGCAUUUUCUGUCAUCCGUCCUUUUUGUUCGAGAGGUGCUCGCGAGGUAACUGCCCGUCGGUGGCAACGACAGCAAAAUGUUGGCCAGAGGUAUCAGUGGAUUUGUGGCUCGGAGGGCGUUCUCGACAACCCCGAAAAAUCUGGCGGCGCCCGCUCAAAUGACCGUGCGAGAUGCCCUCAACAGUGCCAUGGACGACGAGAUGGCCCGGGACGAAAGAGUGCUCCUGCUGGGCGAGGAGGUGGCUCAGUACGAUGGAGCCUAUAAGGUAUCAAGGGGUUUGUGGAAGAAAUAUGGAGACAAACGAAUUAUCGACACACCAAUCACAGAAAUGGGUUUCGCUGGUAUAGCAGUAGGUGCUGCAAUGGCAGGACUUAGACCAAUUUGCGAAUUUAUGACAUUCAAUUUCUCAAUGCAGGCCAUUGAUCAUGUAAUAAAUUCGGCUGCGAAAACUUACUACAUGUCAGCUGGUAAAGUGAACGUACCUAUUGUGUUCCGUGGACCAAACGGUGCCGCGGCUGGUGUUGCCGCCCAACAUUCACAAUGCUUUGCAGCCUGGUAUGCACACUGUCCAGGACUGAAAGUAAUCUCGCCCUACGACAGUGAAGACGCUCGGGGGCUUUUAAAAUCUGCCAUUCGUGAUCCUGAUCCUGUAGUUUUCCUGGAAAACGAAAUUUUAUACGGUGUUCCAUUUCCUGUAACUGAACAAAUGAUGGAUAAAGACUUUUUAGUGCCAAUUGGCAAAGCGAAAAUCAUGAAGCCAGGCAAACAUGUUACAUUGGUUGCCCACUCGAAAGCGGUGGAAACGUGUUUACUGGCCGCCGCUGAAUUAACAAAGAAAGGUAUCGAGGCUGAAGUGAUAAAUUUAAGAUCCAUUCGACCAUUGGAUACAGAAACAAUAUUCAAAUCAGUGCAGAAAACACAUCAUUUAGUAACGGUUGAAAACGGUUGGCCACAAAGUGGUGUCGGAGCUGAAAUAUGUGCCAGGAUAAUGGAGAAUGAAACAUUCUUCCACUUAGACGCUCCAGUAUGGCGGUGCUGUGGAGUUGACGUUCCAAUGCCGUACACAAAAUCUCUGGAAAUUGCCGCUCUUCCCCAAGUGCAGGAUGUUGUUAAAGCUGUGGAGAAAGUCGUCGGGAAGAAGUGAAGCUGAACUUAUCCAUCAUAGCCCUAAUGAAAAUCAGAAAUUGCUAAGGUAAUGAAGAAAUGAUGCCGGCAUAAAUUUCUUUAAACGAAACUCUACACAAUCUUAUAGAACCACAAACCACCUCACAAAGUCGAAAAUGAACUGUUCUCCCCUCUACAAACUACUUUGCUAUUUUCUAGGUGAAAAUAUGAAAAUUGAUUAUCGGUUGUAGAAAAAGAAGCUUCUACAGGAUGUACUUCCAGUUUAUCGAAAUUAAUCUCUUAUUAUUUGGUUGUUAGAAACAUUAUAUUUGAUAGUACAUUAUUUCUUUCUUUAUUUACAAAAUAUGGCAUUUUUCUCUCGAACUGUGUUCAAUCCUGUCUAUCAUGUGGAAUCCGAAUUAAAGACAAAUUAAGACGAAACUUAGGUAAAUCAUUUAUUUCAUUCUUUUUUAUCUCAAUGGUGAUUAGAAAUCAGACAACAUAGGAAGUAACGAUUCAUCUGAUCCUUAAUACGUAUAUUUAUUAUUUAAAAAACGAUACAUAAACCAUUUAAAUUAAUUCAAUAUAAUAAAACGAUGAUAUUGGCGUGAUAUUUACAAUACACUGAAACAAAACGAAAAUGUUGAUCUGUGAAAGGAUAAAAUCUAGCGAAUUGUAUGUUCAAAAGCGACAAAGAAGAAUGUUUUAAAAAUAAAAGGAAUAUGUUGAAAA